CGAUCCUCUUCCCUCCUCUUCAAUUCUUGAAUCUCAUGGCUUGCUGGUUUCAGUAAUUCUUGGAUUAAAUUAUAAAGAUUGGAUACUGCUUUUAUUACUUUGCUGGGGAUUGAUGCUGGAACUGUAGGUUUCAGUUUACUUUUUAACUAGUCUGAUUGGAAGAUUGGGUGCGAUGAACAAGAACAUCGACGGGAUUUUUGAGCAUUCGAUGAAAAAGUUCUAUUUUUGAUUGAUACAAGUGGUCGAGCACCUUGAAUGCAGUUAUGAAAGUUUAGGAGGAUUCGAACCAUAUUGAAAGGAAUGCUGAUGCUUAUGGUAUUUGUGGGUGUACUGUAAAAAUUAUAAUAUUUUAUGAUUUUUUUCUUAAAAUUACAGCUUAUGAUUUGAGACAAUUUGGUGUUUGGUAGUACACUGAAAUUUCAUAAAAUCUCUCAAAUCAUGGAAUUAGAAAUUUCUACUCUAAGCAAUACUUUCUAAGUUCAUGAUUUGUUCCUCUAUAGCCUUUGAACUUUUCAAGUUUGAAUUUUUCUCCUUUUUAACAACCAAGCUUCUACUUAAAAAAUAAAUCAUGUUUCAAAAUUGAAAAGUUGUAAAUCAAAGAAACAGAUAAGAUCAUGAUUUCGAAAUUUAAGAUGUCUAAACACAACCUACAUGGAUGAAAUUUUCAGAAUUAUGGCACGUAGAUUUGUCAGAUGGAUUAGCAGCCCCAUAGGCAAAAGUGACUAGCCAAGACUCCAUGAGGAAGCCAGCCCACUUAGUGGAGCUCGUAUACCUAGGUGCUUUUCUAAUGGAUAAUCCACUCCUUGGCUGCCCUAGAGGUCCAAAGGUAAAAAUUGCUCCCUUCCUCACCCGAUAAUCCAACAAUGUUAGCUGCUUACGGACAUUUUCUAAAUAUAGCAUGUAUAGAUUGUGUCAGAGGCCAUGACCGUGCAAAAACAUUGGACAAAAUGGCUCUUACUGCUUGUCUCAUGCACCGUUUGAGUGCCUAUUUGGAGAUGCCUCCCCCUAAUGGCUGUGAGGUGCUAGAUUGGCCCUUAGUAUCAGGAAUCUUCUACUUAGAAUGGUGCACCCAUGUCAAAAACUCCUUCGAAACUCGUUCUAACUCACUUCACAAGUGUUUCUUUCUUUUUUUUAUGAGAGCCACUUACUCGUACUUGCCCUUUUUGUACUCACAUCCACACCUGCUUUUUGUACUAAAGGUUGAUAACUUGCUGCAUCUUGUGCCUUAGGUGUGCCUUUAAUACUGUUUUGGAGGUUACCUAAUAACAUGGUAGAACGACUGGCCAAGUAUGGCUCAUUUUAGUACAUUAGUUACGGCAGUUGAAAGCUUUGUUGAUUGAAUAUGCAUCUUCAAGUCACACUACCAAUAGAAUUGUUUCAUGAUAACUGGGCUAUGGUUUAUGAACUUGUGUUUCAUAGGAGAAGCAAGCAUGCACACCUUGUCUUACUUGAGAUAAUUUUGAAAUUAUAGAAGUCUGCGCAUGUGAUAUAGUAUCUUUGAAUCAAGUGGCUGACCUUUUCACUGCUUGGACCAGUGAAGUUCUUAAAAUUAUUCAAGAGACUGAAACACUUUGGUUUGGUAUCUAAGUUUUUACUUGUGGUGGAAUGUUGUAGGUUGAAACUGCACCCUCGUCGUCACAAGACUAGCGGGUGGCCUCUAGACCACCCUUAGACAAGUUACAAGGAGAAUACAAGUGGCACUUCACUCACAAGUGUCCAAAGGACUUAACAUUUUGUAAAAUUAGAUCAAGUUGCAGUGUUAGGUGCAAUCCUAUGCACAUCAGUCUGAAAAAUAACUUCAUCCCAUUCAGCAUAGAUUGAAUUCUAAGAUCAAAUCAUAUUGAGUUAGCUUUCUAAUGCAUCUCGAAUCACCUUAAUCGGAGCUCAAACGAGAAAGUUAUGGCUAUUUUGUUGAAGCCCUAUCAUGCAGGCACAUUGCCAACAAAGUUCUAUAUAAUUACAGAAAUGCCAUUCCAUGGUUUAUUAAUUUAAGGAUGAUUUUCUAAUAUUUUUAAUCAUUUUUUCCUGUUUCUUUCUUUUCUAAACAUUUGUUAGAAUCCUAGUUGAUGCCCUUUAGACAAGAUUUAUUCUAGAAGGCUUUCUUCAUAAGUUAGUCGAGUUUGAAUUGAGUUUUGAAGGACCUCAACUUACACUCAAUCAUGUUUUGCAAUCUCGACACCAGACCCUAUGCCGGUGCCCAACCAUUACACCACGUAUCAAGUGCCAGUACGAUAUAUACCUUGUUAAUGCUCGACAAGAGAGGCAUACCAAGUCUUGGUAUCUUGUUGGUAUGGUAUGGUACGCCCAUAUCGGGCUAUACGAUCCGAAGUUGCAAACCUUGCCUUCAUGCAAGGGCUCUAGAACCUACAAUAUACCCCAUUAUGUACUCAGUUUUACUAAUAAAAUUUACUUUCUUUUGAGUACACAUUAGUUUGUGGUUGCCGUCCAUAUCCUUUUGCACAAUAAAUUCUACACGAGCUCUAGUAGAUUUGAGAAUCGGCGAGCACUUCAAAGGUAUAAGUCAGGGAUUCUUUGGCGACAACACAGGUCUUUUGGUAGCAAGGCAGUAAAGCUGCUAGUUAUCCUUCCUAAUUACUUAGCUUCUAGUUACCUUUGCCUUAGAUUUUAAACUCAUAAUUACAUUCAAAAUUCUAGGUUUAGUUUACUUUUAUUUGGAUAGCUCUAAAGCUCGUGCUAGGCCUUCUAGCUUGCUUCAUGGAGAGUUGAUGAUGAGAUGGUCAGAUCAUUGAUUGUGGUGGUUCGCUCAUUUAUAAAGAUGCCCAAAGUUGAAAAUUUGGUUAUCGGGCAUUAUUUGGGCCCACAGUCUGACCCAAGUAAAUAAGGCCUUAUAAUUAAUUAGCCAUCUUCUCUCUCUCUAAAAAAAAACAGCCACCAUAGGGGCCAAUAUGAUAAAUUGAUGCCCAAAUAGUGGUUUCCCUACUCAGUAGGAGCUGUAGAACGAUGACUAGCCAGUCUUAGCAAGCUCCUCUUCACCCUCUCCCUAACCUCAUUGCUCCUUCCUCCUUCCUUUUGUGUUGUGUUUUCAGACUUCGCAACAAGAAGUAUUAAUAGUAUGUACUCCUUUUCUAAGAUGUUGGAAGAUUCGAUUUUGAAAGCUCAUGCAGGAAUAUUGGAUCCAAGAAGCUGGCCAUUGAAGUUUGGGGAUUUAAGAAGGUGACAGAUCUCCUUGGAAAUUGACAUAGACCUUUUAAAAACUAAGAGAUACCACUGAUGUUGCUGGCAUUUUCUCUAAUGCUCCGGAUUCCAUUGAGCUGGAGGACUACAUUGCUGUGGAAUAGUUGGCAUGGUUGUCUUUUUUUGAUUGGAAGCUUUUGUUCAUUCUGAGGCAUAAUAUCUUAUUAUACUUAGUAACCGAUUAUGUAUUUUUUCUUUCCUUUUUUUCCCUAUUUUCAGGGAGAAGUUUCUUCGCUUGUAUAAAAUAUGCAUCUAGAUACGCCUCUUUGGAUUGUUAUUGCAAAGUGGUCACAUACAUGAUGCAAAAUGGAGUACGGCUGAGUUACUGUUGCUCUUUUGCAGAAGAUGGCAACAGAGCAACAGUGAAUACUCUGCAAAUUUCCUUGUGCUGUCACAGUAUCCUCCUGGAGUCAAUCUAGUUGUAAUUAUAUAUGGUUGUUUAACAUUAUUAUGACAUACACAAUACUGGAAAUGUAGUCCCACUUUUAUUUUGUUCCUCAACAAGCUUCUCCCAUCAAAAUAAUACACUUAUAGGUAGUAAAUGCUGCUUUUGGAGACUCAUUAGGUUGCGGCUGUUUCAUGUACAUUGGCUCUUUCUUCCCUACAGUGGUCCAAGAACGAUUUCUAUUGUGAAUUCUUCUUCAGCACAUAUGGUUGCUACAGCUGUAGUUCCUGAUGAAGUAGAUAAAAUCAGGGAUGUGCUACAAAAAUGGAGUGAUCUUGAUAAAGUUGACAUCAUUCUAACUUUAGGUGGAACUGUCUUUUCACGAAGAGAUGUUAUGGCUGAAGCUACAAAGGCUCCAAUAGAGACAGGAACAUUUGGUCUUGUGCUUGUGAUGCUCCAAGAGAGUCUCAAGAUCAUCAACAUGCCUGGUAAUCCAAAUACUGUUGCUGAGUGCAUGGAGGCCUUGAUGCCGGCAUGUAAACAUGCUUUGAGGCAGAUAAAAAGGGGAUGAAGGAGAGAAGCAUCCUCGCCAUUUUCCGCAUGCUGAAGCACAGCCAGUGGACCAAUGGGAAUGUAGCUUGAAGAUCGCGGCUGCUCGUUCAGAAUGCUCAUGCUCUCAAAGACACUUACAAGCAGAUGGACUGCGUAGAAUUUUGCCAUUUCAUGUUGAAGGCUGCUGUAGAAGAGGUAAAUCAAGGAUGAUUGUUCACUUGGAGCAAAACGUUGAUGGAAUGGAUUGCAACUACCAUCUUAAUUACUAUUUGCACAGAGCGUUGAUGUGUAGGCCCUGUAAUCACUAUUUGCACAGAGGCAUGUACAAAGGACGUGUACUUGUGACAUUUUUUGGAGGACCACUCGUCGUUAAUGGAAUGGAAAAUGAUUUCUUGUUGGUUGACCCUUC